AUGAGGGACAGCGCAGCAGAGACAACUGGAGUGGAGGAGGGGGAGUCACACACAUUUGGACAAGAACAUGACUUGAAGAUGAGCUGCCCACAGCCUGAGUUAGAGGAGAAGGACUGUCCUCCACCAGAGGAAUUAGAGUGUAAAAUCUGUUACCAGCGCUACAAUGCCCACAACCGCAAGCCUAAGAUCCUGGAUUGCCUGCACCGGGUCUGUGCCCGCUGCCUCAUCAAGAUCCUGGAUAUUGCUGAUGGUGCAGGCUGCAUCUCCUGCCCCUUUUGCCGACACCAAACUGAGAUCACAGAGUUUGAGGUGUCAUCCCUGCCUGACGAUGCUAACAUCAUGUCCCACUUGGCAAUGCGGGACAAAUCCUGGAGCUCUGACCACAACAGGGAGGUGGUUCUGACUCCAAAGAGUUUCUCCUCCUCUAGCCCAUCUCAUGAAUCCUCUAACUGCCUGGUUAUCACCAUAAUGGAAGUGCAGAGGAACUCACAGCACUCCCCAAGCCGCUCUGACAUUUACACUGAGCAGAGCCUGGACUCAGUAUCAAUGGGCUCCAAUGGGCCAACUGAUCAGGAUGCCCUGUCCAAGUUCUGUAAUCAUGUCCCACGCAUCCUGGUGUGGCUGCUGGGUUUCUUAUACUUUGGCUCGCUGCCUCUAGGAAUCUACUUGUUAGUGAUCCAGAGAGUGACUCUGGGUAUUGUAUGCGUUAGCUUGGUACCAUCAAGUUUGACAGUCUGCCUGGUCUAUGGAUUUUGCCAGUGUCUGUGUCAGGGAAUGUGUGACUGCUCCUCCAGAGGCUGA